AUGGCAUUGAGAGCAGGAGCAGGAGCAGGAGCAGGAGCAGGUCGAAGCCUGCAGAGGUUGGCGAGGACAACUGUCUUUCAACCGCCACCAUGCAUUGCAGCUUCGCGAACGAGUCUACCCAUGGCUACACCCCUCCAACAUGGCCCACGCGACAUCUCGAGUACGCGACCAACACGUCUCGCCCAACUUACAGACGCCUUCUCCUCACAGCUUCAGAACACUCCCGCAGACAUCCUGCACAGCGCCAAGUCUACACCCACAACACCACAGACGUUGACGGAGAAGAUUGUUCAACGAUACUCCCAAGCACUCCCCGACGGCAAGUUCGUCAAGGCCGGCGACUACGUGACGCUAUCGCCGCAGCAAUGCAUGACCCACGACAACUCCUGGCCUGUCGCGACCAAGUUCAUGAGCAUUGGCGCAACCAAGGUCCACGAUCCCAAGCAAAUCGUCAUGGCCCUUGACCACGAUGUCCAGAACAGGAGCGAGAAGAACCUCAAGAAGUACGAGCAGAUCGAGGGCUUCGCGAAGAAGCAGGGCGUCGACUUUUACCCGGCUGGUCGUGGCAUUGGACAUCAGAUUAUGGUUGAGGAGGGUUAUGCUUGGCCUGGUACCAUGGCAGUCGCGAGUGACAGUCAUUCGAACAUGUAUGGUGGCGUAGGCUGCUUGGGUACACCGGUCGUGCGGACGGAUGCUGCGAGUAUCUGGGCAACUGGACGAACAUGGUGGCAGAUUCCUCCUAUUGCCAACGUCACCUUGACUGGUAUUCUCCCGGAAGGUGUAACGGGCAAGGACGUGAUUGUUGCGCUCGCUGGUCUGUUCAACAACGACCAAGUGCUCAACCAUGCAAUUGAGUUUACUGGAUCGACAAACACGAUGCGAAGUCUACCCGUUGACGACAGGCUGGCAAUCGCGAACAUGACCACCGAGUGGGGAGCGCUGUCUGGCUUGUUCCCUAUCGACGAUGUGCUGAGAGGCUGGCUACGAUUCAAGGCCACAGAGGCUAGCAUGUACAAGUCCCCAUCCGAAACCGCAAGUCUGACUACCGAUCGCUUCAACCACGAACGACUUGAUGAACUCUUUGCCAACCCACUGAGUGCUGACAAGGGCGCCACAUACGCGAAGGAACUGUUCCUGGAUCUGUCGACAUUAUGCCCAUACGUGUCUGGUCCAAACUCUGUCAAGGUCGCCACACCCCUUAACGAGCUCGAAGCACAGGACAUCAAGAUCCAGAAGGCAUAUCUUGUCUCUUGCACAAAUUCUCGCCGAUCUGAUCUAGAAGCAGCCGCUAAAGUGUUUAAGAGCGCGGCAGAUGUGAAUGGCAAAGUUCCAAAGAUUGCAGACGGUGUCAAGUUCUACAUUGCUGCAGCUUCGUUGCCAGAGCAGAAGGCCGCAGAAGAGCAGGGCGACUGGCAGGCUCUGCUCGAUGCCGGUGCCGAGCCACUGCCUUCAGGCUGCGGUCCAUGUAUCGGUCUCGGCACGGGUCUUCUUGAGCCUGGCGAGAACGGCAUCUCUGCCAGUAACAGAAACUUCAAAGGCCGCAUGGGUAGCACAGAUGCCAAAGCAUAUCUAGCAAGCCCUGAAGUCGUCGCAGCCAGUGCGCUACAAGGCAAGAUCGCCGGCCCAGGUUGGUACGAGAAGCCGGCCAACUGGUCAGGCGUAAGCCGCGGUUACGGCGAUGGUGUCAAGGACGAAGAGCGCAUGAUCAGCAUUGAGGAUGCAUUGGAGAAGAUCAUCCAGCAAGCAGACUCUGCCAUCGAACAAGCCGAGACGAAGCUCUCAAGCUCCUCCACGGAGUCCUCCUCACCAGCCGAGGAGACCUCAACCGGCCUGACCGAAAUCCUCCCCGGCUUCCCAGAAAAAGUCACCGGUGAGAUAGUAUGGUGCAAUGCCGACAACGUCAACACCGACGCCAUCUACCCGGGCAAAUACACCUACGACGACGCCUUCAGCUCCGACCCCGCCAAGAUGGCCACAGUAGUAAUGGAGAACUACGACAAGGAAUUCGCCAAAAUUGCGAAGCCCGGCGACAUUCUCGUCUCCGGAUAUAACUUCGGUUGUGGUUCCUCACGAGAACAAGCGGCCACCGCGAUCCUAGCAAAGGGCUUACCACUCGUAGUCUCGGGCAGUUUCGGUAACAUCUUCAGCAGGAACUCUAUCAACAACGCCCUGAUGGGUGUAGAAGUCCCCAAACUCGUCGAAAGGUUAAGAACCGCCUUCGAUGGCGCUUCACCCGCAGCGACUGGCAAAGCAGGCAAAGCACCCAUCACAGAACCCGCACAGAACAGCCAAAGUCUCGACUCGCCGCCCCCAGCGCCUCAAGCUACUCCAGCAGAGAAGCCACUUACCGUCCGGACGGGCUGGACGUUCACAUGGGAUGUGAAAAGGAGUCUCGUCCUGAUCCAGGAAGGUGAGGGUGGAGAGUCUUGGACACAGAAAGUUGGUGAGCUGCCUCCGAAUGUUCAGGAUAUCAUUGCCAAGGGCGGGUUGGAGAAGUGGGUUCAGAGCCAGAUUGCUAGUGAGUCGAAGCUCUGA